GCGGCCCGGGCUGGCGGCGGUUUCCGGUUCAGCGCGGCUGGCGGGCGGGCGGGCGGCCCGGAGCAGCGGCGGCGGUGGCGCCCGACAGACAAUGAGGGCGGCGGGGCGGCGCUGAGUGGCGGCGGCGGGAGCGACGCGGGCCCGGGGGCGGGGCGGGUGCCAGCCAUGGACAAUCAGUGCACUGUCCAGGUGAAGUUAGAGCUGGGGCACCGUGCCCAACUUCGCAAGAAGCCCACCACUGAGGGCUUCACCCAUGACUGGAUGGUCUUCGUACGUGGGCCUGAGCAGUGUGACAUUCAGCACUUUGUGGAGAAGGUUAUCUUCCGACUGCAUGACAGCUUCCCCAAACCCAAGCGUGUGUGCAAGGAGCCCCCCUACAAAGUGGAGGAGUCUGGCUAUGCAGGCUUCAUCAUGCUCAUCGAAGUGUACUUCAAAAACAAGGAGGAGCCCAGGAAGGUCUGCUUCACCUAUGACCUGUUCCUCAACCUGGAAGGCAACCCUCCUGUCAACCAUCUGCGCUGUGAGAAGCUCACUUUCAACAACCCUACCACUGAGUUUCGCUGCAAGCUGCUCAUGGCUGGCGGGGUGAUGGUAAUGCCCGAAGGAGCGGACACGGUGUCCAGGCCCAGCCCCGACUACCCCAUGUUACCCACAAUUCCACUCUCUGCCUUCUCUGACCCCAAGAAGAACAAACCGUCCCACGGCUCCAAGGACGCCAACAAGGAGAGUGGCAAGGCGUCCAAACCGCACAAGGUGGCCAGGGAACACCGUGAGCGGCCGCGCAAGGACUCAGAGAGCAGGAGCUGCUCCAAGGAACCGGAGCGCGAACCCAAGAGCGCCAAGGACACUGCACGCAAACUGCCCAAGGAGGAGAAGGCCCCAGCGCCCAAGGCUGCCUUCAAGGAGCCCAAAGUGGCCCUGAAGGAGGCAAAGCUGGAAAGCCUGUCCCCCAAGGGGGCACCCCAGCCCCCUACCCUGCCCAAAGCCUCCAGCAAGAGGCCUGCUGCCACGGACUCACCGAAGCCCAGUGCCAAAAAGCCUAAGAAGAGUGGAUCAAAGGGGGCACGGCGUGCCCCGGGCACCUCACCCCGCACCUCUUCCUCUUUUCCUGACAAGAAGGUGGCCAGAGACAAGAGCAGCAGCAAAGGUGACAAAGGGAAGUCAGAGAGUGAGUCUCGGGAAACUAAGCGGACCCAGCAGGCUGAAGACUCAAACUCAGAGGACGAGGCCUCCUUCCGGUCAGAGUCGGCCCAGUCAAGCCCAGCCAAUGCCAGCUCUAGCUCUGACUCCAGCUCCGACUCAGACUUUGAGCCAUCUCAGAACCACAGCCAAGGACCCCUGCGCUCCAUGGUGGAGGAUCUGCAAUCUGAGGAGUCUGAUGAGGAUGACUCGUCAUCGGGAGAGGAGACCACCGUCAAGGCCAACCCAGGCCGAGAGUCCAGGCUAAGCUUCAGUGACAGUGAAAGCGACAAUAGUGCUGACUCCUGCCUGCCUAGCCGUGAGCCUCCACCCCCCCAGAAGCCACCCCCUCCCAGCAGCAAGGUGUCCGGCCGGAGGAGCCCUGAGCCUUGCAGCAAACCUGAAAAGAUUCUGAAGAAGGCUACCUACGACAAGGCUUACACGGACGAACUGGUGGAGCUACACCGGAGGCUGAUGGCUCUGCGUGAGCGCAACGUGCUGCAGCAGAUUGUCAACCUGAUUGAGGAGACUGGUCACUUCAAUGUCACCAACACCACCUUCGACUUUGACCUUUUCUCCUUGGACGAGAGCACCGUUCGCAAGCUGCAGAGCUGCCUGGAGGCCGUGGCCACAUGACCCCAGCCGCCACUGUAGAGCCACGGUGGGCAUGGGCACGGGAGGGGCUGGGCAUGAGGGCUGGCCCGCCAUGGCUCCCGCUCCCGGUACCACCCCCAACUCACCAUGGUGCCCUGGUGCCCCUCAGUGGUUGGUGUUGAAGGGGCUGCGGGCCACACUUCCACAGGAGGGGGUGACACAGGACACAUGUGGCCUGCAGCCCCUCGUUCAUUCUGCCAGUUGUCCACUGUGGGUAGGGCUGAGUGGCAGGUCACUGCCUGGGCCUCUCUGAGUGGCCAGGAUGACCACAGUCUUCCAUGCAGUUCACAGGCCUCCCUCUGCUGGCCUGCCUCUUACACUCACGGGUCUAUCAGUGUGACCAGGGCUAGCCAUGGACACCUGGCUCUGCCUGGCAGGUACCUGCCCCUGGCAUCCUGUCAUGCAGCCUUGUGUAUUAUUGUGUGUACUCUGGGUGUGUCCAGCAGCUGGGGAGGCUCAUGCCACCUCCUGCUAGAGGCACGGGGGAUCUCCUCUCUAGAUCCCAGGAUACCACUGCCUCUCGUGGCCCCAGGCCAGUGAACACUACAAUGGGCACGAGUCUUGAAUCCACAAGGGCCACCUCUGUAGCCAUGUGCCAGCCAAGCACCCACAGUUCCAAGGCUGGCCAUACUGGCACUACUGGGCCAUCAUUCCCCAUGGGCCGCCUCCUCUGCUCUCUUGCUGAUCAAGUCUUUGAACUUUGAAAACAUGAGCUUUUGCCAAAUAUGAUAGGACGGUGUGUGUGAGGCGGGCCCAGCCCCAGACUGCCUCUGUUCCCAGCCACAUGGCCUCUGCCUCUGCAGUGGGCCUUGAGAGGCGUUGGACCUUUGCCCCGUAAACUGCCAAGGGCCAAGCCAGCCCCCUUCCCAUGCCUAAGCCUGGAGGACCCUCCCCAACCCCAACUCCAGUUGUUGUCAGUGUUUGUGCCCAAACCAAGGUGUUUGAAAGAGGCCUGAGCCCAAGCUGGCUCACAGUUGCCUCUCUGAUGUCGCUUCCUCCCCAGUGUGGGUUCACCCCUGGAGGCCUGGCCUCCCAGCUCCCUCUCCCUGUCAGAAAGACCCCAGCCUCUAAGGCUUCCCUCACCCCCAGGGAAAGGAGAGGCCUCCCUCUGCAGCCCCCUUCCUACUCCCUCCAGCUGGGAGGAAGCAGGGUUGGGGCUCCACACCUCUUCCCAGACAGGCCGACAAUACUCUCCACCAGGCAUUCUGCAGCCUCAGCCUUUGGUCAGAAGGCCCUGGCACCGUGGCAGCCAUUGGCAUCCACAUGGAGUGCGCCAGGGCCCCAAACAGCCUCAGCCCAGGGUGCCAUUCUUCCUCCUUUUGCAGUUGCCAGGGGCCCAGCCCUCCUGCUGCCCUGGGCCUCAGUGUCCAGCCCUUCCAGAUGCUUCCAAGGCCCUCCUGGAAGCACCCACCCAUCUCAGUUACCUCCUCUGGCCAGAAGGUCACACCACUGUCCUCCAGAGCCACUCUGGGGCCCAUGCUGGCUGUCCAGAAGCCUAAAAAAGCUUGUAGACAGAGCCCCGAGGGCUCUAGGGACUAGUCCAUAGGAAGGGGUGGCACCAGGAUUGCCCCCCCAGUGAGUCCCUGUGCUACAGCCUCCUGAACCAGCUCAUGACACUGGGUGCAAAAGGUAUUGGAUACCUGUCCCUCUCCAGGGUUUCACAAGACAUGUCUCCAGGAAUAGACACGUCACUGGCCCAGACGAGCCCUGGACAGAGGGACAAAGAGCCGUGUUUCUAAUGAGCUGCAGGGCUGUUGGUCCCGCAUUUUAAACUUUUUGUUAAAUUGUGAAAUUAUGGAGGAGUUUUAUAGAAAAUAAAGUGAGAUGGGAACAGUGA